AUGCCAUCGCAGAUCACCCAGUCUGAGAACCAGGAUUCGGGGCACGAGAAGUCCUCAAAACAAGCAUCACCAAUGCUGUACACCUGGUUGAUGGAGCCAAGACACGUCGAGGUCUGGUCAUCAGAGCGUGCAAACUUCAACCCAAUCGGAAGCGCGCCAGGAACGCGAACUCGACCCCGAAAUUAUGAUACCCACCUCCUUUCUCUGUUGGUCGAGCGUGAAUUUUUUGUUGAGUCCGACAUGAAUCAGCGUAGGACUUUGUAUGCUUGUUUUGAGGCCCUCCUGGUCCUUGCACUGAGCAAGGAGUGA